CACAUUAUUUCAUGAAACGGGUCAGCACGCAGUUUCCUCGUCUCUUUCUUCUAUUUUCCACGCUGUUCCGUUGCUGUCUGCCUCCAGCCUCCUGCCGUUACGAGCGCGUCAGGGUUUUUCCUUGGCCAGCCGGCGGCGGCCGUUGCACCUCCUCCAUCCACCCCUAGUCGAAGGUCGCCAGUUCAUUCAUCCAGGCUGCUGCGCCCGAGUCCCUGGCCACCGUCGCUGGGCACCUGCCGUCCUCGGAAGUCGCAACCGGAGGUGGGAUUUAUUAAAUUUCUGAGAUGGCAGAAUGUCGGAUACAAGACUGGAAGCGCGCUUCAACUCCAGAGUCAGUUUCUAGACAUGAAACAUCAAUACCAAGAACAAAGCAAAGAAACAUUUUUAGUCUAUUAGCUCAGCGGGAGCUCUCACCUCGAACAAAAAACCAAGCAAAAAAUCUUUGGACCAAACCUCCAAGACUUGAUGCUUGUCCUAUUGAAUCGAAAUUUUGGGGCACCUAUGCUCAGCAUGAUCUCCUUUCUUGGGCUGAAGCAGAGUUCUUGCAUUGGUGGAUUCCCAAAUAUUGCCCUCUCACGCCUUCUUCGAAGGCAACUAUUGCAGCUGCAUUUAGUACAGAUGGGAGAGUACUUGCAUCUACACAUGGUGACCAUACUGUCAAAAUAAUUGAUUGGCAAACUGGGAAAUGCUUGAAUGUACUGCUUGGACAUCACCGCACUCCAUGGGUGGUUAGAUUCCAUCCUCAGCGUUCUGAUAUUCUUGCUAGUGGAAGUUUGGAUUGUGAAGUUCGUCUCUGGGAUGCUAAAACAUCUCGCUGCACAGCAGAACUGGUCUUCUAUAGGCCAGUUGCAUCAAUUGCAUUUCAUGCAACUGGGGAGCUUCUGGCAGUUGCAUCAGGUCACAAAUUGUUUUUAUGGGACUGCAAUAAACGAUGGGAAACUUUGGAACUUCCAAUCAUACUAGAAACCCGCCGUUCACUGAGAGCUGUGCAGUUUCACCCCCAUGGUGCCCCAUAUCUACUUACAGGAGAGGUUCACAACCUUGAUUCUGAAGAUUCAACGAUGACCCCUGCACUUCUGAGCAAUUAUUCCUUCAGAGACACACCUCUCCUUGGUGGUUCUGGGGUAGAUAACUUGAUUAGUGAACUACAAUACAUGCAGAAUUUUGAGCAGGUUGGUGCCUCAUCAUCAGUUCCAGUCACUACUGGCAGUUUUGAUGGGUCAAGGCUACAUGAUACCUCUGGCCAUCAUCUGAUGACCUCUUUACCUAGUGUUGGGAGGCCCCUUCUGGGUACUCAUGCUGCUGAAGCUCCUGCCAUCUCAUUAAGUGUCGGGUCAGAACAAACUACGUCUCUGCUUGGUGGUGGCACCGAAUUACCUUGUACGGUGAAGCUAAGAAUAUGGCGCCACGAAAUGAAGAAUCCAUUUAUCACAUUAGGGCCUGAGGCAUGCCUCUUGACAAUUCCUCAUGCUGUACUUUGCAGCGAAAUGGGUACCCAUGUUUCACCCUGUGGGCGAUUUUUGGUUGCUUGUGUUGCAUGUGUGCUGCCACACAGUUAUGGUGGCCAUGGAAGUCAGUUGCAUGAACAUUAUGACUCUACUGGGGCUGGAACAUCACCAACUCGCCAAGCAUUUCCGUCUCGCCAAAUUAUAUAUGAGCUUCGGGUUUAUUCUCUUGAGGACGCAACAUUUGGAACAGUUCUUGCAACUAGAGCAAUAAAGGCUGCUCACUGUUUAACUUCCAUCCAGUUUUCACCCACAUCAGAACACAUACUAUUGGCAUAUGGUCGGCAACAUAGUUCACUGUUGAGGACCAUUUUGAUCAAUGGGGAGACCAGAGUUCCUGUGUACACAGUCUUGGAGGUGUAUCGAGUUUCAGACAUGGAGCUUGUAAGAGUUCUUCCUAGUGUAGGAGAGGAAGUCAAUGUUGCAUGUUUUCAUCCUUCCCCUGGAUCAGGUCUUGUUUAUGGGACUAAGCAAGGGAAGGUUAGGUUUCUUCGGCACCAUGGUGCAUCAUUCACUUGCUGGGGAGAACGUUCAUGAGGUAUUACUUUCCUACCAUUGAAGGCUUGUAUGGAUUAACUAUUCCACAUGUUUUUUUUGGGGGGGGGGUGUGGACGGAUUGAGGGGAUAAUUAGUUGGAGUCCAAUGGCCAUUGGAGUUGGAUUUAUCCAAACGAGCCUAGAGAGGUAUGAUUUAGAGGCAUGUGCUACAAAUGCAGUUCUGGACAUAAUAACUGAAUUUGAGCAUCGCAUUCUUGUGCUGCUGAAUCUUAUCUUGAUUAUGGCUUCGGCAACAUCCUGGAAGAGGAAUUUAUGGUCAACUGAGAUCAUCUCCAAGACCGAGAGGGCUAACAGAAAACAUCAGAUUUCAGCAUCCAAUUACUCUUGACUAACGUUCCACUCUUUGCAAAACCAUUGUGCCGGCAAGGAGGGCUACUAUUUUAGGUCCGGUUAACGUGUGUAAGUAGCCCCGUCUAUGAGAAAAUGGACAAGGAAUCGCAGCCUCAUUCAGCAUGAAUUACCAACGAUGGUUGACUACUACUAGUACAAGGAGACCUCAAGGGAUACGGUCGCCUGUACGAAUAUGGAUGCGAGCCAUAUACUGACGGCCGGCCUCCCAAAGAUGCGAUGUGUUCCUUAGUUCGAUGAUUUUUUUUUUGAAACUGUAUAGAAGCCUGCGAAGAAAUGUAGUGGUUGGCUGAGUGAAGUGAGGGAAGGGAUAGGCAUUAUUUCCCUUGGGUGACAUUGACCCUGUUUGGAUCAGAUUCUAGCCGCGAGAAUCUGAUUUUCGUAAUAAAAAAAUCGAAAUCGAAGUGGUUUACGGUCUA